CCUUGGAACAACGAACGCAAGGCUGAAACGGUGCGAAUUAAUUUUGACGCGGGAUAGUCGUCCCAGGAUUCGAUGCUGAAAUAGGCUUUCAGCGAUUUUCCUCCUGUUCUGGUCUGUUCAUCGCCCACUUGCCCUUGUUGGAUGCUCCACCUCUCCUGUGUCCGAGCUUUGUCACGACGCUCACAAGCGGCUAGAUCUUUCAUGAAAAUGGGGCUUAAGACUCUGUCGGCGGAGAAAGCAGCAGCGCUUGACAAGGAGCUUAUGAGUGAUGGCGCGUUCUCGAUCGACCAAUUGAUGGAGCUUGCUGGCCUCUCCGUCUCACAAGCAGUGUACAAGAUCAUGCCUCCAUCAAAAGGCAAGAACGUACUUGUUGUUUGCGGUCCUGGCAAUAAUGGUGGAGAUGGGCUGGUUGCCGCACGGCACUUGCAUUUCUACGGAUACAUGCCUACAAUCUACUACCCAAAGCAAUCGAAGAAUGAGCUCUAUCAACGCCUCUGCAAGCAACUUCGCGACUUAGAUGUCGCUUUCACCGAUGAUUUUUCGGCCGCUUCUUCAAGCACGAAUCUCAUCGUCGAUGCUGUCUUUGGAUUCUCCUUUUCUGGCGAAGUGCGACAGCCUUUCCCUGCUGUCAUAGAAGGAUUUGAGAAAGCGAAAGUUCCCGUGCUGAGUGUAGACGCGCCUAGCAGCUGGAACAUAGAGACGGGACCUCCGGAAGACGGACCAGGGAAAAACUUUAUGCCGGAUGCGUUGAUAAGUUUGACGGCUGCCAAGCCGUUGGUGAAGUGGUACAAGGGAAGACACUUCAUUGGAGGAAGAUUUUUGAGCAAGGCGAUAGCAGAAAAGUACGAUAUUGAAGUGCCGCCGUACGAGGGUAUCGAUCAGAUAGUUGAAGUACCACUGGGCGAAGGUAAGCUUUGAAGAGCUCGAUCGAAGCAAAAACGAGUGAUAGAUUGUUAGUCCAGAUUUUAGAAUGGAGUAAAAACCCUUGUUGCUUUAAGUUAUACCUACACGUUUAUAAGUUAUACAGAGCUAUAGUACACUUGGAUCGCCG